GCCGGGCCGGCCGGGGCUCGGCGCCGCCGCCGAUGGGGGAGUGCGGGGUUCCCCCCCAGGUGCAGCUCUUCCUCCGCGCCUGCGAGCAGGGCGACUGCGAGACCGCCCGGCGCCUCCUCGGGCUGCCCGGCGGCAGCGCCGAGCCGGCGGCCGCCUCCGCCUGCGGCAGCGAGGAGCCGGCGGAGCCCCGCGGAGACGCGGCGGCGGUCGUCGCCACCCCGGUCCCGGUCCCGGCAGCCGCUGCCGUCCCCGUGGACUGCACCGACGAGGCCGGCAACACAGGGCUGCAGUUCGCCGCGGCGGGCGGCCACGAGCAGCUGGUGCGGUUCCUGCUGCGGAAGGGGGCCUCGGUGCAGAGCAGGAACCACUACGGCUGGAGCCCGCUGAUGCAGGCGGCCAGGUUUGGACAUCUAAGCGUGGCUCACAUCUUGCUGGAAAAUGGUGCUGAUCUCAACGCACAGAAUAAGUUGGGAGCCAACGUCCUCACAAUGGCCUCUAGAGGUGGCCACGUCAGCAUGGUGAAAUUGUUGCUGGAAUCUGGAGCUUUUGUAGACAAUUACGACCAUUUUAGCACAAAUGUGCUUAACAGCAGCAGAGACGACCUUCCUGAUAUCACUCCACUGAUGGCAGCCGCUCAACAUGGACAUGAGGCAGUGGUACAUCUGUUAUUAGACUGGGGAGCUGAUUGCAAUUACACUGUGAAGACUAUGGGCUGGAGUCCUUUAAUGCUGGCAGCUGUUAGUGGAAAGGUGAGCUUGGCACAGCAGCUCAUGGAGAAGGGUGCCAAUCCCGAUCACCUGAAUGUACUACAUAAAACACCUUUCGAAAUCUCUGUUGGCUUCAAACAUAAAGACAUGAAGGACUACCUGGAAUCUCUCACAACAAUUAGACCCCAGGCAGAUACAGAAAAGAGGCAACCUGAUGUCUUCCAUGCUUUGAAACUGGGCAACUUUCAGCUGGUUAAAGAGAUAGUUGAUGAAGACCCAAGUCAGGUCAAUAUUACCAAUGUUGAUGGCGCAUCUCCGUUAAUGAUUGCGGCUGUAACUGGGCAGCUGCCCCUUGUCCAGCUCCUUGUUGAGAAAAAUGCUGAGGUUGACAAACAGGAUAAUGUUCAUGGCUGGACAGCACUAAUGCAGGCCACAUACCAUGGAAACAAAGAAGUGGUAAAGUAUUUAUUAAAUCAAGGAGCUGACAUCAAUCUUCGUGCAAAAAAUGGAUACACAGCUUUUGACCUGAUAAUGCUCCUGAAUGAUCCAGACACAGAACUUGUACGGUUACUCGCAUCAGCAUGCAUGCAAGUAGACAAAGACAAGAAUAAACUCAACAACAGAUCAUCUUUGCCUUGUUCCAGAAGUAGGCAAUCCUUAAAUGUCCCAAUGCUGCCAGAUGACAAAGGAGGUUUAAAGUCUUGGUGGAGCAGGAUGUCCAAUCGAUUCCGCAAGCUGAAGCUGACUCAGACGUUGCGCCACGGGUUUUCUUCCAAUCAGUUUGGGCCUUUUCCUGAUGAGCCCGGAUCUUCAUUAAAUUCCACCAUUAAAGCAGUUUCACAGAGUGAUACAGACACCUCUGGAACCCCUGAUGCUCCUACAGCUUGGGUCACAAAUAACAAAGGUGUAAACACUGCAAAAGGAGGGAAGAAUGAUGAAUUAUUGACAACCAUGUUGAGAAGUAGUGCUCCAUUUACCAGGCUGCCCAGCGAUAAACUGAAAGCAGUGAUACCCCCUUUCUUACCACCCUCGAGUUUUGAGCUUUGGAAUUCUGACCGAACACGAAUCAACAAAGAUGGCAAAGCUGAACAGAUGAGAACUGCCUGGCCACAGAGAGUGAUCAAGCACGAUUUUAACAGCAGUGGGAACUCUGAUGUAAUGUCUGUUAGCAAAGGUACAAGGCCAGUCAAAUUACCAGCAUUUGCAAGAAGACCUGCAUCUCCUUCAAAUUCCAACAACUUCAACCAUUCUCCCCAUUCUUCUGGUGGAUCCAAUAACAUUGCAGGAAUUAACAGGCACGGAGGAGAACUGCAUAACAGAUCAGGUGGCAGUGCAGAUAAUGUUUUGUCUCAAAUCGCAGCCCAGAGAAGAAAAGCAGCAGGCUUACCUGAACAGAAGCCCAGCCAACAGAAUAGUCCAGUCCAGCCAACUCCUUCAUCCACCCUGUCUGAUUUGCAGUGUGCUCAAACUGUUGGCAAUGGCCAUGUAGUAAAGCAAAAACUGGAGAUGAACAAAAGACCUCCAUCUGGGACUUCAUCUACAUCUAAAAGCACAUCACCAACUCUCACGCCUUCCCCAUCACCCUCCCCGUCUCCUAAGGUUCACAACGUGGAGUCCUCUCUCUCUUCUUCUCACAGACAGGCCAAGAGCAAUGGUUCCAGCAGUGGUACUAUUACAGAAGAUGGCAAUCAGUUGGUGGACCAUCAGCAGUUUUUCCCUAUUCUGAGAACCAGUGAUGUAGAAAAUCCUGAAAGAAGAAACCAUGUGAGAGUAAAAGGAGGCUGUGAAAACUUGGAGAAAGAUGAGCUGACUGGCAUCCUUAAAAAAUUGUCACUUGAGAAAUAUCAACCUAUUUUUGAGGAACAAGAGGUGGAUAUGGAAGCCUUCCUUACUCUUACUGAUGGCGAUCUGAAAGAGUUGGGUAUUAAAACUGAUGGAUCAAGGCAGCAAAUUCUGGCAGCUAUUUCUGAACUGAAUGCAGGAAAGGGACGAGAGAGACAGAUUUUACAAGAAACUAUACACAACUUCCACUCUUCCUUUGAGAGUAGUGUUAGUAACACACGACCUCCUGCUCAUUCCCAAACACCUGGCUGCUCUAUAAAACCCCAAGAAGCUAUUGCUCCUAAGAGGUAGCUACUGGAAAAAAAGGAUUUUGUUCUUAUGGUGAAGUCUGGGAUCUGGCUGAGUCAAUCCAAGUGUACAAAGGAAAAUUUGAAACAUUAGUCCUAACUGCACCUGUACAAAACUUUCUGAAGUAAUGUCGAUUAUAAUUCCAAUGCCACAAAGCAUCAAAGAAAGUAAUGAAAAGAUUGCUUUUGUAGUUCAACUUACGAGUUGAACUGUUCAAGGCUUCAGUGGUUUGGACUUGAGAAGAACAAAGAGAAGGAGGAAGAAUGAAUGGCCAUAUAAGAUUCAUGUUUUCAUCCUACUUUUUAGUGCCUAUAGAUGAAGAACCCAUAGGAAGCCUAUCUGGGCACAGUCAAGAAGAACAGAAGCAUGGAAGAAGUCAUGAAAAUCACCAUGAAUUAUGAGAGCCUCUACAUGGAGAAAUAUAUAGCUGAAUAUACCACUGUUGGCUGAAUACAGACGAGUCCAAGUUGAAAAUACAGUGGUUUCAUGAGGAGGUGUCUAAAGGAAAAGCAAUGCUGCAUUCUUCAGUAACUAAAAUACACUUUAUCUACUCAAUAUUAAGAGGUUAGAACAGCAGUAAAAGUAAACACAAAAUACCUAUUUGUAAAAAUAGCACUUUAUUUAAGGAACUGCAUAAUCUGUCACUGAUAUUUAAACAUAAAUAGUAUUAAAGUAUUUUAUAUUGUUGAUCUGUUGUUUUGAGAAUAAAACCAUAUAAC